CAAAGUCAUAGCCCGGUUUAUGCACGUGCUGGCACUUACGCGUUUGUUUUGGUCAAGUUCUUUGUGCAAGUUCAACCGUUCGCUAUGUUUGCGCUUGUUAAAUACAAAGAUAAUCACCGAGCGAUAAUGCCGGUUUCUCUAAUAGAGAAUUUUGCUCCAAAAUGUACUUCAGACAUACCUCAGAAAGUUGUUAGUGCGUAUUGGUGCGGCAGUGAUGGAGAAGAAGAGGGAUAUUACGAUGCAAACGUCGUACUUCUUGGAGAUUCAAAAGAGACUCUGAUUACGGAACUCAGUAAAAAGUCCCGGAUGGUGGUUCCGAAAAUAUUUGAGGACAAGGGAAGCAAGAGAGGAAGGGUGGAUCGAGUGCCACCAAAGGCACAGAAAACCUUGAAGCUGGCGGCAAAGCUGAGGCGAAUGGACGGCUUUUUAAGGAAGAAGGCAGGGAGUCCCUGCGGGACGGACAGCGAGUCGAGCGGAGACGAACUCGUCACCAAAAGCAGGAUGAGGGAGGUGAUCAGGGAGAACCGCAGCCUAAAGAAGAGGCUGUCUGAAAAGGAGCUGAUGGUUCAGCGUCUCACAAAUGCAAUGCUGCAAAAGCUUGAAACCGUAGAACCCUGCAGAUGCGGGCAAGGGGCAUCGAGCUCAAAUGCCUCUGGUGUUACAGAGCCUUCAAGGGGCACUGCACCAGCUGUCCGGAGGUCUCUCUUUGACACUGUGGAGCCGCAUGGCUUUGCCAGUGAAGACGAAAUGGAGGGCCAACUAGUGGAAGCUGGAUGUUCAUAUGCUGCUCCGCCUCAGGCUGGCGCACGGUCCAAGUCUGUCGCAGUGGCUGCGACGCUUGUGGCUUGCGCACGGCCUAGGAUUGUUCCAGAGACUGGACAGGCACAGGCUGGUUCUCAACCAGAGUUCGUCGCAGCGGCUACACCACUACCAGCUGGUCCUCGACCUGAGCUCAUCGCAAAGGCAAGGCUCCAACCUGGUGGAGCACAGCCUGCGGAACUUCCGGAUGUUGCACCGCUACGAGCGGGCGGUGCACCGCUACGGCCACUGCAAAUAGCCCCAGGUGCUGCAGCACAGCAGCAGGAAGUCCCUCCUGACUGUCCUCCUGAGCUGGCGGAGGUUGAUGGCAUGGUGCACGUGAGGAAUGGCGUGUUUAUAACGAAGAAGCGGAUGGACCUUUCCCUAAAGAUGGGUAAAACUGACUCGAAGUUUAUUGCUUGGAUCGCCCGGAGUCUGUGGGAGCCGGAGGAACUCUUGGACAGGAGCGUCAAGGGGCUGCCCUGCCGGCGCUUGGUGAAGGAUGGGGCCACAGCCAAGAAAGAGCUGACCCCUAUAAAGGUUAAUGCCAUGGAAGUUGCACUGGGUCUGCGGAUCGACACACUCCAGAUGGGGGAGUUCACGAGAACGGAAAGAUUAGAAGCAAUGCGGACUAAGUUGUCUAACUUCCUGUGUGACAACAACCGUGCUGAUGAGAGGGCAGCUGCUCGCAGGGCAAAGAAGAACUAAAUGGGCAAGUGGAAUAAAAAGCAGAGCCGCCAUAUUUUGUACUGUGUUUUAUGUAGCACGUCAUGGUUGUGGUUUUAUGUACCACGUCAUGGUUGUGCUAUUGUAGGCUUGGUUGUCAGCAUCCUAGUACUGGUUUGCUGCCUUAUGACCUGGAGCGAUUCCAGCUGUGAUAUCCCCCUAUCCGGUUAAAUUAUCAUAUAUAUAAUAGGUAUGGCAUCGAGAGGCCACUAAACUCGACCCGAUUUCCAGAAUACUGCGUUCCAGACUGGAUUCCAGUACUGCGUAUCCGGCUAGAUUUCCAGAAGACACCCUACCGGAAUGGAUCCAGUAGUACAUACCCAGAUUGAUUUCCAGAACGGU